UACUCAGGUUUGCUUUCGUAAUUGCAAGAAAGAUAUUUACAGUCGUAUCCUUCAUUUCAAUCACCCCUAUCCUCAAGUCCGUAUUUUCUCGGGUUCAGUCAAUGUAUUGGACCAUACCUUUCUUAAAGGAAGAAAUAUAAUACUCUGAAGACCAACCUAUUUUCGAAACAGCUUUUCCAGGAAGCUUAAAACGCUGAACACGCUCUUCAAUGUUAAUGCUCCACAAUGACGCCAGUUUCUAAAGAGAAAUGUGACACCUAAAGUCCUCUACAAACAUUACGUUAAAAAACUGGUUUGAUUGGCUUGCUAUUUGAACUUUCGUUCAACGGUCACACAACACUCACGCUUCUUGACAAAUCAUUUAUUACUGGAACUUUUCUUGUUCUUUGAUAUCCCUCUCCGAAAAUUCCGAAGCCUAUUUAAAUUUUACUCAAAAUAAGAAAGGACUAACUGAAAUUCUGGUUCAUAAUCAUUGAAAUGAAGAAAGAUUUAAGAAACAGCAGAACUGCUAGGGAUGUCUCACGCGAUCCCCAGUGGACUCUGGAAACUAUCAGUCUUGAGGGCAGCUAAGGGAUGCCUUAGGAGAUCCACAGGGGACUUUGGGAUGUGAGAGACACUAAUAGUCAUGUGAGUCGCUUAUAGUCAUAAGAGUAAGCCAGGGACAGGGGACAGUAAAGAAAGUCCAAGGGGACUCAGGGACUGCAAGACAGGGACAAACGACACCAUAGGCCAAUAGAGCUGAAGAUGGAUGUGAUAUCUAUAUCAGGUGCUGGAAUUUCACUAUUUGAUGUGAGGUAAUGUCUAGCCAUGCUCACACUCUCACAUAGCUUUACUUUUGGUUAUUAAUAUCAAAAGAAUCAAGGAAAGAAUCAAGGAAAGAUGCAGAUUGAGAAAGUUGUUUGUAUGCCACCUUAAAUAUGGCGUAAGACAUAGCCAGUUCCACUUUGCAUUGUUUUGAUGGAAAAACGAACUCACUUACUAUUCUACCUGGAGAUGCGGAUUUUCCGACCAAAUUUCCAAGAUGCGGCAAUUCUUCAUGUCCCUGCGGAGGGAGUGUUUCAUUGUCAUCUUAGUGUCCUGUGAGUUCCAAGAAAGCCACGAAGGAAAGCGCGCUGAGAAAUCGGCUUUUUCCACGAAUCGAGAGAAAUCAGCGAUCCACCAAAUGUGGCGUCAGAAGAGACUGCUCAAGACAGCGAAGAUGACAGUGAAGAAAGAGUCAUUAGACGUCGAGGAAAAAACCUUCGCGCGAAGAAUGAUUUUUUAUCUGGAGUCACUUGUGUCCCUUGCAGAGGACAGCAGCCGGGUAGAGGGCGAAAGAUUGCGCCGGAAACUUAAGAUGCUCCGAGUAUUUCAGGAAGUGGUCAAGCAAGAGCGAACGAAGAGGAAUUUCAAUGCACAGUUUCUACAUUUAUUCAGCUUUCAGAAAAUGUAUACUUUGUUGAGGUUUCGAUUAAAAGGUUUUGUGCUAUUAAGAGUUGAAUGCACACUGGUCGCUAGGGGUACCCUGAUACCUUAAAAGUUGACUGCACUUCGGUCACGUCGUCUAAAAAAACUUGUCCCAGUGAGUACACAGAUUUAGCAUCAUACUGUCGAUUUGAAAUAC